AUACAGUCUUGGAACACCGCGUGGCAUUCGUGAUUAUGCCCUCUGUAACGUAAUCUAACUACGUAUGUGCUGUGUUUAUAUAGAGUUCGCAUCGUCGCCGCCGUUUUGUGAUUUUGUUUUCUUUGGUUGCAGAGCCUGCUUGCUUAGUAUUGAUUGCCAAUUCUCGCUGGCGGUGACGGAGACUUAAUUGCAAGCGGCAGCGACCGAACUCGACGACUACGGCAUGGCUCAUCAUCAUGAGUCCGAACAGGAGAAUGAGCCUCUCCUCCCUAGCACUAGGCAGCGAAAGCCGUCUAUAUCACACUUGCCAAAUCGCUUGCCAACGCUGCACGACCACCGCCUCAUCAUUGCCCUCCUCACGGGCGUGAUGUUUCUCAUCAACCUCGGCGCAUACAUGAUGACUAUGCCUCAGUCUCGCAUCUAUGAGGAUAUCAUCUGCCACCACUACUACGAUAACCUAAAAGGCACAUCCCAUCUCUCCCUCGACACCCCGAUCGAUGAGUCGCUCUGCAAAGUUGGCCCCGUCCAGGCCGAGCUCGCCACGGUCUUUGGAGGCCUCUUCGUCGCCACCUCCAUUCCCAGUCUCCUGUUCUCCAUGCCAUAUGGCAUUCUCGCGGACCGCAUCGGCCGCAAACCCGUCUUCAUCCUUUCCGUGAUCGGUAUAGAGCUCGGUGAGCUCUUGAACCUCGCCAUCUGUUGGUGGUGGCGCGUGUUUCCCCUUCGCCUCGUCUGGGCCGUGCCGCUCUUGCAGGUCAUCGGCGGCGGCGCCGCCGUGACUUCCGCUAUGCUCUUCGCUACCGUCGCCGACGUUGCUCCUGCAGAGAGCCGCGCCCAGACCUUCCUAAUAAUAAUGAGCGGCAGCCUAGGAGCUCAGAUCUUAGGUCCCAUACUCUCCGGCAGACUCAUGAGCUGGUCGCCGUAUCCACCAAUGCUGUUAGGCAUAGUCAUAAUAGCCGUGGGCGGAGUAUGCUUCCUCUUCGUUCCCGAGUCGUUACACGCCCGCCCAACCAAACCCAUUUCCACAUCCGCCCCAGUAUCACCCCUCACCACCUCUCCACCUCACCAACCAUCCAGCCUCCUCACCUCCAUCAAAGACCACCUCCGCACAACCAUAGCCUCAACAUCAUCAAUGUUCAACUCCACUCCCGCCAUCCUCCUCCUCUCCACCUUCUUCCUCGUCGUCCUCGCCGUACAGAUGGUCCAGCUCGCCCUCCGCGACGUCUCAACUCGCUUCCACUGGUCCCUCGCACAGGCAGGCUACCUCAUGUCCGUCCGCGCCGCUAUCGACAUGAGCGUCAUCCUCGCCAUCCUCCCCAUCGCCUCGCACCUCCUCACUCGCCCACGCGGACCCGCCCUCUCUACGCGCGCGAAGGAUUACCUCCUCGCUCUCCUCUCGGCGGGCGCCAUGGUCACAGGGUGCGUUUUACUCGCGCUCUCGCCGCCGCUGGCGCUGGUUUUGACGGCGCUUGCUAUCUUCUCGCUCGGGAGCGGGUUCAUGGGACUGUGUCGGUCGUUACUGACGGAGCUGGUUCCGGCGAGUCAGGUGGCGAGUUUGUAUGCGGCGGUUGGGGUGGUGGAGAUUUUGGGGAGUAUUGUGGGCGGGCCGGUGUUGGCGAAGUUGUAUGGGAUUGGAUUGGAGUGGGGGGGGUUGUGGAGGGGAGGGCCGUUUGCGGUGGUGGCUGUGGUGGGGUUGUAUUGUGUUGGUGCACUUUUGGGGGCGAGGAGGGUGGAGGGGAGGAGGGGGAAGGACGCUGAUGCUAUGGGUGUGGAUGGGGAUGGUGGUUUGGAGGCUUUGUUGUAAAAGCGGGCGCUGCAUUGCAGCUAGAGUGUGGGGUUUUCUUCGGUUUAGAAGCGUUAGGGUGGUAGUUUAGGCAUUUUAGGAGUAAGGCGUGCAAGUGAAUGAUGUGCGGAUCAUGCAUAUAUAAAUAAUAAUACGGAAAGAACGAUUAUCAGGCAAGCUCCAGUCGCAGCUUCUUCGGGGGCCUUUGAGGAUAUAGAUAUGGAAGGAACGAUUGCCAAGCAAGCCUCAAUCGCAUCUUCCUCGGAGCUUUCAAUUUCUUGAUAUGGAAAGAACGAUUGCCAAGCAAAGCCCCCAGUCGCAGCUUCCUUGAAGCCAUCUUGUCAUAGACAUAGUAGGAACGGUUACCAAUCCAUGGCUCGAUCGCAGCUUCCUCGGGAACGUUGAGGUUGUAGAUAUGGAAGGAACGAUUACCAAGAAAGCCUGGGCCGCAGCUUCCUCAUAGGUUUGAGCUCUUGAUAUAGAAGGAACGAUUAUCAAGCAAUGCGUCAGUCGUAGCUUCCUCAGAUCUCUCAGGCUAUAUAUUGGGAAGGAACGAUACGAAGGAAUGCCUCGGUCGCAGCUUCCUCGAUGACUUCAAGCUAUAUUACGCUUAGAGUAUGCUCGGGCAAAUAAGUAUAGGUGAUAUUAACAAUAACCCUCUUAUAAAGAAGCCAGGUUUGCCGAAAUAAGAAGUAAUCAUAUGAGAACCUAGGCCUCCUUUCCAGGUUUGGCGUCGAUGAUAACUUCGUGGGGGGCAUGCGUACGAUAAACAGGAU